CGGCUUCUUUUUGGAAAGAGACGUGCUGGGAUGGUAUAUCCUAUUGGAUUGGGAUUAUGAAACCCAUCAUGUAUUCCUGGACUUCUCCAGACAGGUUAUGUCACCCACGGAGGCUGCCCUGAAGCUCCCUGCGGCCCGGAGACUAUGUACAAGAGGAAUGGUCUGAUGGCUAGCGUGUUGGUCACCUCCGCCACUCCACAGGGCAGCAGCAGCUCAGACUCUCUGGAGGGCCAGAGCUGCGACUAUGCCAGCAAGAGCUAUGAUGCCGUCGUCUUCGAUGUCUUGAAAGUGAGUCCCGAGGAGUUUGCUAGCCAGAUCACGCUAAUGGACAUACCUGUGUUUAAAGCCAUCCAGCCGGAGGAACUUGCCAGCUGUGGAUGGAGUAAGAAGGAGAAACAUAGUCUCGCCCCCAACGUUGUGGCCUUUACACGGAGGUUUAACCAGGUCAGUUUUUGGGUUGUUCGAGAAAUACUAACAGCACAGACUUUAAAAAUAAGGGCAGAAAUCCUGAGCCAUUUUGUGAAAAUAGCCAAGAAACUUCUAGAACUCAACAACCUUCAUUCUCUCAUGUCCGUGGUAUCAGCAUUACAAAGUGCACCCAUCUUCAGGCUGACAAAAACCUGGGCUCUUUUGAAUCGAAAAGACAAGACCACCUUUGAGAAAUUGGACUACCUGAUGUCUAAAGAAGAUAAUUACAAGCGGACCCGGGAAUAUAUCCGAAGUCUGAAGAUGGUCCCCAGUAUUCCCUAUCUAGGGAUCUAUCUUCUGGAUUUAAUCUACAUUGAUUCUGCAUAUCCUGCCUCGGGCAGCAUCAUGGAAAACGAACAAAGAUCCAAUCAGAUGAACAAUAUUCUCCGAAUAAUCGCUGAUUUACAAGUUUCCUGCAGCUACGAUCACCUCACAACCCUGCCCCAUGUGCAGAAGUACCUGAAGUCCGUACGCUACAUCGAAGAGCUCCAGAAGUUUGUGGAAGAUGACAACUACAAACUGUCACUCAGAAUUGAACCGGGAAGCAGCUCUCCGAGACUGGUCUCUUCCAAGGAAGAUCUCGCAGGCCCCUCCGCUGGCUCCAGCUCAGCAAGGUUCAGCCGGCGACCCACCUGUCCUGAUGCAUCUGUUGCUGGCAGCCUCCCUACACCCCCUGUCCCGAGACACAGGAAGAGCCACAGCCUGGGAAACAAUAUGAUGUGUCAGUUGAGUGUAGUUGAGAGUAAAAGUGCGACAUUCCCAUCGGAGAAAGCGAGGCACCUGCUGGACGACAGUGUCCUAGAGUCCCGCAGCCCCCGCAGGGGCCUCGCCCUCACCUCCUCCUCUGCCGUCACCAAUGGACUCUCCCUAGGCAGUAGUGAGAGCUCAGAGUUUAGUGAAGAGAUGUCUUCAGGGCUGGAAAGGUUCUCGAAACCGGAAGCCUGAGCUGGGCCUGGUGUGGAGAUGGGCACGUGGCUCCGCCUGGUGGGGUCUGAGAGUGUUACACCCGCACGGCCUCAAGCCUUGGGCUGACAUGCAGCCUGCUGGGCACUGUGACAGUGAAGCGGAUCACAGCCCGGGGUUUGGCUCCCUGUGGUGAGGCCUUCUGACCCCGGAACGGGGCCUCCUGCUCAGGAAUCCACCCACUGCAUCUGCUCCACGAGCUGAUGCUUUCUUUGUGCCAGGCGCCCGGUGGGUUCUGGGAAGACAGACUGAGCGGGGAGCUCCCGUAGCUGCGGUGCCACCAAAGGUGAACAGGCAUCCUGGCGACUUGAGGUGUGAAGGAAGGCAGACUGCUGCAGAGAGCAGAUGUGCACUGCCCUUCGGAGUAGCCGCUCCAGCAGCGUGCAGGGCCGUGUGCACACCCAGUUACGCACACUGUACACACGCACACACAUAUGCACACAGUCUCCCACUUGCAUGUGCACACAUUUCCCAAGAAAUGCCACAUGUGUGCACAGUCGUGCACUCGUGUACGCACACAUACGUGGGUACACAUACACACGUGUACAUUCACACACAGCUCACACACAGACACAGCUAACACUUGGACGUGCACACACACAUGCUCUCACUUGCUCUCUCCGUCUCUCUUUCCCCCCCACUCCUCACUUCUCCUCUGGUGCUGAAGCCUCCUGUCUCAUCAGUCCCCAUAACCAUAAAAUGGCCAGAGAGGAGAUGAAUCCCCCCAGCAAGUCCUCACAGGGCAGAGGGACGUUAAGUGAUAAGUCAUAAGUGACCUUCGUUGAGCAUUCCGUGUGUACCAGGCACUGUCUUGGCCUCACCGUAUCCUGAAGCACUUCUGCACAGUGGCUACUCAUAGUAUCCCCAUUUUACACCUGUGGACAGCAAGGGUCGGAGAGGUGAAGUGACUUGUCCUGCUUCACAUUCCUCUGGUCGGGCAGAGCUGACCCAAAUCCACAUCUUCCUGACGCUGAGCCCACCUCUUCACCACUAUGCUCCUGGCCUCAUCCAGAGGGCCACUGUGACAGCUACAGGGACUGGCCCAUGUCGAUUGGUCAGUCUUUCUGUCUUUGUGAAAGCCCAGGUGGAGGGCUGGAAAGGGGAGGAACAACGCCCUGAGCCCUUAGAACCCGCUCCCUCUGUCCCUGCUGCAGGACUCCUGGAGGGAUAUUUGCUCUGUUCUUGCUUGGGUUGCUCAGGCCAGCGGGCCCCGCUGCCUGCACCGGGGCCAGCCCAGCAGUGGACAUGAGAACUGGACAGGCUCUAGGGUGGGCUCCUAGGGAGAUCCGGACAAAGGGCUUAUAGGCAAGCCAGUGUCCCCUGGCCACAGGCCAGUGAGGGGACACUGAGUGGGAAACUUUUGCAGGCAUGGUCUCAGGAUCCAGACCUGAGCUUAUUCACUGGUUCAUUCAUUCCCUCGUUCCCUCAUUCAUUCAAUCAGUGGCUGUUUAUUAAGCCACUGCGUCCUGCCAGACCCCACACUAGUCUCUGAGGGCAGCAAAUACAGCUCCCGACGAGCACCUGUGACCCAGACCAGAGCCACCAGGGAGGAAGACAGUGAGAGGGUUCCCGCCCCCGUAGAGGAUGCUGUGCUUAAUCAGGAGCGAACCCUGUAAGAUACACCAUUCCUCUUUUCUCUCUUCCACUUAGAAUUUGCCAUUUGAUUUACUAUCCAUUGGAAUGUCCAUAGUAGGUGCUUUUUGGGUGGGACUUCCCGCAAGAGCUUGUCUCCCAGCUGGCCCACCCAUGCAGAUGCCCAGCCCUGCCUCCAGCAGCCUGCAGGGAGAACAUCCUGCUUCUCAUUGUCUGGGGGCCUAGCUCUAGGAUCCCAACCCGAGGAGGGGAGCAGGAGGCCACCUGCUUUGGAAGAUGCCCGUGGGGCGAGGAUGAGCCCUCUAGUCCUCUCUGAGACCCAAGCUGCACCUUGGCUUCCAGCUCCCAUGGCCUGGCCUCCAGUCGGCAUUUCCAUCUUGCACUAGCCUCUUUCCAUGUCUACCAGAAAGAAUCCACUCCCUCAAAUGCAUGUGAGCAUUUGAGACUUUCCUGAAGAGCCCACAGGAGAGCUGGAGCGGAGGGUUUGCCUCCCGGUCUUUGAAAACCUUUGUUAAAUGCCACUCUUUCCCACACAACUCAGGGACCACAUUCACUGUGCCACCUGGGCCUCCCUGCCCCACCUUCACCCACACAGUGCUCAGCCCCACUGGGGCCUCCCUUCACGCCCAGGCCACUUUGCUCCUGCUCUACAAAGGGGAGGAGACUGUCUCUCUCUGGAAGCCAGGGCCACCCCGCCUGGGCCCAGAGGCCAGUGUCUGCCCUGAAAGAGCUUUCAGAAUACUUUUCAGUAAAGCGGAGCUUCCCUUCUUGGAGACCCCGCCAGCUGGUCCUGACCGAUGCUGGAAGAACACAGCCGUCUCUUUACCUUUCCACUUGCGCAGGCAGACGGUGACCUCAGAGCCACAGCCAAUGGUGCAGCAGAGGGCUGCCCCCCCUCCCAGAGGAAUGAGGUGUGAGAGAAGAAGAGGUCCUGGCUCCUCCAGUCCCCAGAGGCCAGGCUAGGGAAGGGGCAGUACCUUGCCCCACAGCCCUGAAGCUUAGGGGCCAUAACCUUCAACUGACUUGUCCCCCAGGCCCUUGGACCUGGUAACAAGCUUGACCCAGGCCAGGAAGAGAAAUGGAGCCAAAUACUACCAGCAUGAAGGACAGGGAGGUCCCAGGCCAGUGACACCUGCUACCAGCACACACCCCUCCAGUGGUCUGCAGGCACAUCUUAAUCACCCUUUAUGCCACUGUGACCAGAGGGGCAGGAGGGUUCCCGUUGUCUGACAGAGUGUGGGGUCAUUUGGCCUUGUCUUGGAAGUUUGCCUUCCCUGGGAUCACACACAGGGACAUUUCAGCCUGGCGGCCCAAAGGCAGUCCUUGAGUGGCAGCCAGAGCUCAGGUGGCUCCCAGUGCUCUCCUCAAGUGGCCAGCCUUAACAGGCGCCCAUGAUGGAGCCCACAGGAGUCCUCGGGACCUUUUGUGCUGCGCUCUGUGGGAGUGGGCCUGGCGGAGGGAUGGCAGCCCCACUGACCCUGUGCUUGGAGGGACUGUGCAUCGAGGGCUCGGGGCGGGGGCGGGGGGGGGGAGGGAAGUGGCCCUCCUGCUGCCGCUGUCAUCCUGCUGUCCCUUCAUCCAUCUCAGCCUCAGCAAGGCCACAGGGCCUGUGGGUGGACGAGGAGCGGGAACAGACUAGCCGUGAGGUGGCCAGACCGGGGAGGAGUAGGUUGGCUGCUCUAAAGACCCUCCCCUGUCUUCAGGGCCCAGAAUGAGGACAGAGUGGUGGUCCUGGGUCAGCGCCCUCCAUAACCGGAGGCCAGAGUCACUGGGAUGGGGCGGGGGGUGAGGGUGGGCCCCCUCCUCUCUUAAAACUCUACCUCAUGUCCCAACCUGCCCCUUUCUCACCCCAGUGUCCUGGGUUGAGGACAAAGUGGAAGGAGGACCCCAUAUCGCACUGUGCUUUCCCAGGGAAAGAAGGCAGGUGGCCCUGAAAAGGCAUUUUCAACAUGUACUUAAUUAACUGGAAAGUAGGACUGUAGACACUGCCCUCGGCUAGCCUCGAGCAAACCUCGGGCUUCUCGGAAAUUCAAGAGGGAAGGGAGUAUUUUAGUCAGGCCCAUCAGCAAGAGCUGACAGGUGCUUCUUUUUAUGCCUGAUUCUCACUAAAGUGAGAAUAAAUAUAUUAGCCUAAGAGUUAAUAAUUUUAAAUGAAGUUUUUAAAAAUAGGAACAAAAUGGAUGAUAGAGGUGAACAUAUAUGUAUGUUCAAAAAUAUGUAAUGUCACUCAUCUCGGUUCUCUCUGAGUUCUAGGGCCACUGAAUGAAUUUCUUUCCUUCGUUUUUUCCCCCUAUAUUCUCCAGAUCUGCCACAAUGGGUACAUGUUUCUUAUACACCCAGAAAAAAAAAUAACAUUAAAAAAAAGAGUUAAUCAGAAACCUUUACUGAUUGGUUUUCAAGAGGUAACACAUGAAAGUAUGUCACAGAUUUGUCACAAAACCCUCGGCCAUCCAUCUUCUCUAGUCCGACAUCAGCCACAUGUGAGGAAGGGCACUCUCACAUGAGACAGGCUGGAAGCACAGGUGGCGCAAAGACAAGGAGGCAGAGGGGUCCUUGGGGCAUGGGAGAGGCCGUGUGACAACCCUCUCUGAAGCAGAGCUGUUUCUCCUUCCUUCCCAGAGAGGCGAGGGAUACGGGAGCUAGUCGCAGCUCAUGUUCGGGCUGGGAGAUGGAACAAAUCGAUGAUGCCAGGUCCACAGACGGUCUUAAAGUUGUGCAGCACUCCAUGGGAGUGUCCAGCGCAGUGACCCGAGUCAAACUGUGGGGUCAGGGGUGGCUUCCGGUAGAGGCAAUGGUUGAGCAGAAGCUCAGGGACAUUGGUGAAGAGGACCGCAGCGGGCCCUCGAGAGGGGUCCUGGGAUCUGGGGAGGCUGCGAGGCCUGAGUCGUGUGCCAGGAUGAGAGGGGUGGCCUGGGGAUGCUCCGUGUGGCUCUUCAGAGUCACGGCAGGAGAGGUGGACUCCGUGAUGUGUCCUGGUCUCCGAAGCCCUUAGUGUGCCUCUGCAUGGAAAGAUCACAGUCUGGCUUCCUGAUGCUGCCAGCAGCACUGGGAGGGGCCUGGGGUCAGGACGGCUUGCUCGCAGUGACCUUGGGCCUGUCUCUCAACCUCUGAGCCUCCGCUGUACAGCGAGGAUGCUCCCAGAAAGUACUUAGCACGGAGGUGGAGCUGCUCCAUUGGGAACUUUGACAUUCUCACGAGUUUCCCUCAGUGGGUACGCCUUGCCAGCAAGCAGGGGACACACGGUCUCAGGCUGGGUGGGGUGAAGAGGAACAUCCCCAAGUGGCAGUUCAGCCAUCAUGGGGCGGAUGAGCUACCCCGAAGGCAAGUGUCCACCAGCCGUGGUUGGCCUCCAGGCUGAUGCCGAACUGUGGGGAGGACCCGCCGAGGAGGCUGCUCAGGCCGUCGGCCCCGCGAGUGCCCUAGGGCGGCGAGGAGGUUGGGUGAUGCAGUGUUUCCCGCGCGUGAGGUUUGCUUGUUCUUAGCCGGUGAGAUCUUCCAACGUCCUUAGGGGGAUCCCAGGAAAGGAGAGUCGUGGCCGCAGAUUGCCAAGCCUGCUGCCCCCAAAUCAGAGCUUUUAAAGACACGCGUCUCCUUUCCUGAGACCAUCACGGGACUCUGGCAGAUGGCCCAGGUUUGCCAGGGUGCAGAGGCACCUCCCGAGCCCCAAAGCGCAGCAUCUCAAGAGAGGGAGGGGCUGUUCUGGAGGCAAUCUGGGCGGUGAGGGGUCCCUUUAACUGAAGUUCCACAUGAGAGCGGCUGUUUUCAGGGUGACUUUCACAGAGGGUCUCGCUGCCUUCCUCCCACUCCCGUGGCUGAGGUCCAGGAAUCUCUCACCCACCCACCCCUCGGUCUGGCUCCCCAGCUCCAUCUUGCUCUGUGCCUCCGUUCUACAGCUCUGUCUCCUGUGGCAGCCCAGUUGAACGGUGCGCCAAGCUUCCGAGGCGGGUUUCCCUCGAAGAUGCCAUCUCUUGCCUUGUUCAGCAACCGACACUGAAGUCUGGAAAAUGAGGCUCCACCCAGGAGCUCAGGCUCCUCUGAGAGAGAACAGUGGACAGCAGUUCCCUGGGCCUUUUGCUUGACCUUGUCCUUGGUCCCUGACAGACAAGGGCGGGGCCCUGCCCUCUAGCUGCUGUGGCGUCACAGGUGGCUGAGGGAUCUCAGCCCACAGCCUCUCUGUCCAAUACCUACAACCCCUCAGAGUCAGGUCCUAGACAGUGGGCAGGAUUUCUUUCCAUCUUGAAUCAGUCCUUCUCCCCAUAUAUCUGCUGCACUCCCCCCUCUGCAGACCAGAUUUCUAGGCUGCUGAGCUCACAGUGGGGAAGACGGACAUAUCACAUCUUCCAAGUUUACAUGUUAUGCCCUCAUCCAGCCACAGAGCCUGACUUCCCAUCUUUCACAUCUGGUUCUUAAUUGCCAUGAGAGAAAAUCUGAUUGACCUGGCUUGGAUCAGGUGUUGUUCUAUCCACUCAGCUAAACAGCAGUACAAAUAUGGCCCCUAGAGACCCACUCAGUAGAUCAGGGACAUUGCCCAGAGAGGAGUGAGUGAGUGACUUAUAAGCAGUAAAAGUCCUUCAGCAAGUAGUGCUGGAAGGGCUGUCCCAGGGUCCAGCAGAGCUCAGAGUGGCAGCUUCCUGUCUGCAGAUGAAGGUCAGUCUUCAAGAAGUGGCUGGGACCAAGCUCUGGCCUAAUGGAAUGGCUUCCCAUUAAGGUUUUGCUGGUGCAGGUGGACACUGUUGAUGGACAGCAUUUUCUGGGCCCUUCCACAGGCACACUCCUACCUCAAGGGGCUCUGUGCACUUGAGAUAGAGGAAUGGAGUGGAGGAUCCUACUUCUGCUAAGACAGGAUUACUGAGACCCCAAUGUAAUUACUACCCAAGACUUCUCCCUAUUCCCCAACCUCCUAAACCAGCAGCGGGGACUCGGGCUUUAUGAACUUUUAUCCCCAUGAUACUACCUAAUGUGUACCUAGAAAACUAUUGAGGGGAAGAUGCCUUUCAGACCUGCCUUGGCUAGUCUGAAUUCUCAUGAUGCUGUUGGCCCAGGCAGGACCCUGGCUGCUUCCGCCUCAACAGCACUACCCACUCUUCGCUUCCUAGUGUUGUGACCUUGGGCAAGUUACUCCACCUCUGCAAGCCUCAGAUUCCUCAUCUAUAAGGUGGCGAUAAGAACAGUGCCUGCCUGGGGUGCCUGGGUGGCUCAGUCGGUUAAACGUCCAGCUCUUGAUCUCAGCUCAGGUCUCGAUCUCAGGGUUGUGAGUUCAAGCCUCACAGUGGGUUCCCUGCUGGGUGUGGAGCCCACUUAAAACAAACAAAACAAAAAGAUAGUGCCUGCCUAACAGUAUUCCUGAUUUUCAGGACAGAAGAUCUCAGUGUGAUUAGACAAGAAAAUAAAUAAGUACUGCUUAGCACAUUGCCUAGCACCCAUCAUCCCCACCACCACCCUAUCACCCUCAUUAUCCUCAUCAUCACUGUCACGUCAUCGUCCCCAUCACCCCAUCAUCACCAUCAUCCCAUCCUUAUCAUUCCCAUCAUCACCACCAUCCCGU